UUCCUUUCUCUAUACUCUAUGCUUUGCAAUUGUACAUUCACUUUUGCAAUUUAAAGCCUCCAAUUCCAGCUCUAAAGUUCUGCAAAUAUGGCAGAUGUUUUGGUUCAGUUCCAGCUAUAUGUCAUUAAGUACUGGUUGCUUUUUUUACUGAUGAUCUACACGAGUCUGCAGAGGGAGCAUGAUCACCAUUAUGUAGCUGAAGCUUCCUGUUUCCUCUUUCUAUAUAAUUGUAGUGUUUUCUUGAAAAGGGGCUCAAAGAAUUCUGCUAAAGGAUUAACUGAGAUGGGAAUCACAGGGGAACUAGUUAGAACUGCGUUCUCGCAAAGCCUGUCUGUACGAAUGCGUGACAGCCAUGCUAGGAGUUAUGCUGUGGAAAAGAAAAGAUGGAGUUCAGUAAGAUCAUACCUUUGCGGGGAUGAGUUUAGUUCAAUAGUUGCAGAGGAUGAUUUAUCGAGCUUCAAACCUGCAAUUGAUGAAGGUGAAUUUACUUCAGUUUAUGCAGAGGCGGAUAGGGCAUCUAUUAGAAGCUCUCAGGCCACUGUUAAUCAACCAUUGGGAGGAGAUUCAAGGACCAAGCAGAUGCUGAAAGCAAUGAGGUGAAGAAUGGAAGUCCAAAGGAAAAGCAAAACUCAACCUACAAAAUUUUCAGCAAGAAAAUGCUGCAAUGAUCAUUCAGUCGGCAUUCAGAAGAUUUCUGGUCAAUACACUCACCAUAUAUGCAUCAACUUUGUGUGGAGAUUUACGCGUAAAUAAUUGUUAUAGUAUCAUAAUAUAUGCAAAUGUUUGAUGAUAUUUGUACAAGAAAAUGAAUGUGCGCAUGUACUUGGAAGACAAUUAAACAAGAACUUAGAGAAUGCUGAUCUCCAUGGAUAAAUGUUGUUUCUUUAAGUGAAGUAUUUUCUGGAUA